AUGUUGGCCGACGAGGAGCAAAGCGGGAUGCUCGCUGGAUCAUCUGUGGUGGUAAUUGUGAGUCGCUUGCGAGAUCGGAGGCUGAAGCGUUGGAUCGUGGAUUCUGUUGCGGAUUGGUGGAUCUUGCACAGUGGUUGCUAUCAAAGAUCUUAUCAGCGGUGUGAGUUAGUUGUCGCUGAGAUAGAAGACUCGUCGGCAUCGGAUGAUGCUAGACGCGGGUUCAUAGAGGUUUCAGUGAGUCAUCGAAGUAACUGUAGUCUGUGGCGAUGGAGGUUGGUGCGAUUGCCAGAUGUUGCGGUCCACAUCAGAGAUUUUAGUUUUUAUAGACCCAUGGUGGCGAGAGCAAACGGAAGCGUGGUUGGAACUGUUGUCUUUUGUUUCUGCACAAAAAAAACUUGUAUGGUGUUUUUAGAGACAAGGUUUAUGUUAGUAAAAAAUGCAGGUUAUGUAAAAUUGUUGAGAUAA